GACCUGCUUCUCAUAAGAUCAUCAAGAGCGAGGACCCUUUUCGAUGACUUGUUGAGGUUGUUGAUGAAGGGAUGAAGAGUGGUGAAGCGAGCUGCGAGGCCUCGUACUUGUAGAUUGGACCCUCACAGACCCUGCACCAACGUACUGGAUGCGCCCACGUGGGGAAUUAUUGACACCUUUGUACCAUUGAAACAACGACUCGACAAUAUUCUUAUAUCUCGCAACCAUGUCGUCCACGAAUAUGUCUUCGAUGCCUCAAGGAGACCAGAAAUCCAAGAAAAAGAAAAAGUCCAAGAAGAAAGGCAACAACGCGCAAGUAGCCACACCCACCACUCCCGUAGAGAUUCCAGACGCCACCGAGGCUCCAGAACCGAAAGAUGGCGCCGAAAGUGACGAGUCAGAUGUCGAAGUGGGAACGGCGGCAUCGUCUGAAAAGCAGGACACCGCAGAAGAAGUGCCAGCAGACUUGACUAACGGCGUCACCAAACCUAGGAAUGAUGAGAAGAAGGGCGACGACGACGACGACGACACGGCAGCCCGCUUUGAAGCUCUGGUCAAAGACCGCGACGCCCUUCGCCUGGAAGUCACCGAAUUACGCAAAUCUUUGGAAGAAUUACAGUCCAAGCACGCCGUCGAGAUCGAGACUGCGCAGAAUGAAUUGGCCGAAGCCCAAACCGAGAAAGAGAACGCAGAAGAACAAUACCAGUCACUGCUGGGAAAAGUGAACACGAUACGCUCUCAACUAGGCGAUCGACUCAAAGCAGAUGCUGAAGACCUCGCCCAAGCACGCACCCGUAUCGAGGAACUCGAAGAACAACGGACCGACCUGCAAGAACGCUACACCGCACGCUCCGCCGAAGUCGAAGAACUCUCCGCGCGCAAUGCGAACCUGACAUCCACCAACGCAGAACAGUCCAAAGAACUAUCCACGCUACGCAACCGCCUGACCCUCAGCCAGCAGAACUGGCUCAAGGAGAAAGAAGAACUCCUCGAGUCCGAGGCCUAUGUGCGCGAGGAAUUCGAAAGCGCCAAACAAGCCAUGCACGACUGGGAAGUGCUCGCCAUGGAAGAACGCACCAUCCGCCGCGACCUGACGGACCGUAACGCCGACCUUGAGGAGCAAGUGAACACUCUGAAAGAAGCGUACGAAAAAGCAUCCUCCGAGCGCGACACCCAGUCGUCCACAGUCGACGGGCUCCAAAAGGCGCUCCAAGAGAUCCAGACCGUGCGCAAACAGGAGCUCAAAGAACUCGUCGAAACGAAUCAGGCGGAGCAAGAGAGCCUACGUAAAGAACUUGCAGAAUUGCAGUCCAGCCACGAAGCCACGGUCGCGGAACUGGAAACCACCAAGAAGGACCUCGAACGUGUCCUACCGUUUGAGAAGGAGGUCAAAGAAAAGAACCUCCUGAUCGGCAAGUUAAGGCACGAGGCAGUCAUAUUGAACGAUCAUCUCACAAAAGCGUUGCGGUUUCUCAAGAAGGGGAAACCGGACGACAACGUCGACAGACAAAUUGUAACGAACCAUUUCUUGCAUUUCCUCCAACUCGACCGGUCCGAUCCGAAAAAGUUCCAGGUUCUACAGCUCAUUGCGGCUCUGCUAGGCUGGAACGACGAGCAGCGAGAACAGGCCGGGCUUGCGAGACCCGGUGGUGGUGGUGCCAGCAGCUCGAUGACAGGGUCACUACGAUUGCCCGGGUCGCCGCUUGUCCAUCGUACGCCGAGCACGCCCGCGCUGCAUCAUGAUUAUUUCGGGCCGGACAGUGCAACGAGUCCGGGCAGCAAGGAGACACUGUCGGAGUUGUGGCAGGACUUCCUCGAGAGGGAAGCAAGUGUAAACAAUAGUAGGACUGGGAAGUCGAGGCAGGCCAGUCAGAGUAUGAACAAUCCGCCAUCGACCAAAUGAGAAAUAAAAAGUAAUAAUGGGUUGAACCAAUGCUAUAUGCCAUCUCAUCUG